AUGACCAGCCCUGAUGGCAUGAACUGGACAAGCCAGAGAAGUGCUUCACAGGCUGAAUGGAGAAGCAUUAUGUACGGCAAUGGCAUAUUUGUUGCGGUUGCCAAUGGUGGCAUGGAUGACAACCAUGUCAUGACCAGUCCAAAUGGCAUCAAUUGGACAAUGCAGGAAAGUCCUCCUGAGAUAGAUAACUGGAACAGUGUUACUUUUGGCAUGGAGAAGUUUGUUGCAAUCGGUGCCAACACUGAAGAAGGAGAAACUGCCAUGACUAGCCCCAAUGGUAUGGACUGGACACUGGCAACUACAACACCUUUGGGUACAUGGAGCAGUGUUACCUAUGGCAAUGGAAUUUUUGUUGCAGUUGACCUUUUUGGUAUGUCUGGCAAUCAGGUCAUGACCAGCCCCAAUGGCAUAAGUUGGACAACGCAUGCUUCCCCAGUAGCUGGAUGGUUUAGUGUUGCCUAUGGCAUGGAUUUGUUUGUGGCAGUGGCUUAUCUGGGUGAAGGUACCAAUUUGGUCAUGACCAGCCCCAAUGGAAUGAACUGGACCAUUCACCAAAGCGCAACAAUUGCUGCAUGGACUAGUGUCACCUAUGCAGAGGCUGAACAAAUCUUUGUGGCAGUGGCUGGUGGUGGUGUGGGCACCAAUUUGGUGAUGACCAGUCCCAAUGGCAUGAAUUGGACCAUUCAAGAAAGUGCAGCAGCUGCACAAUGGAUUAGUGUUACGUACAGCAAUGGAACACUUGUGGCAGUUUCUCUUGAUGGCAAAGUCAUGACGAGUCAGUCCAGCUAGAGUCAAUGGUGUCUGUAAAAGUUUGUGAGCAAAUCAAGCAGCAGCAGCAGUUUUAGAGUAAGCAUCCAUAUACCUCCUAGCUAAUAUUGAUUGG